UCAGCUACAGUAAUAACCUUCAUUUUACAUUUUAUAAGCGGGAACGCGCUUUUGAAUAUUCCGAGAAGGUAGUGCUCAUGGACAUAAUUACAGAGUACUACAGUGUAAUCGAGUCGAAGAAAACGGACGCUAUUAGCAUGAAAAAGAAAAUCACUGAAUGGUUAAAAAUUGCUGAGGAGUUUUCUACUGUGUCUUCUACAUAUGCCAGAGACUGCCUCAGUUUAAAAACACUGUGGGACAACCUUAAGAGGAAGGAAAAGUUGGUGAUGGCUGCGCAAUCUGAUAACCAAUAUGGCACAGGAGGAAAAGCAAAAUAUAUAAUAGCUGAUCCAAUACUGGAUAUAGUGGUGGGGCUCAUUCGACCUCAUGUCGAACCAUUUAAUAACAUAUAUGAUGACAAUUACGAAGAAAUUAGUGAAGUCAUCAUCAAUACUAUAGAUAAAGAACUGGAUAAUAAUGAAGAAGAAGUUGUGACAAAUCAAAAAAAUAUUGAUGAUAUUGAACAGAGUAUUUCUACUGAUUGGUCUCAUUAUAAUCCGUCAAUGUUAAAGACUCCUAUAUCUGCUACUCUUCGCCAGUCUCCACUACCAACCUUCCAGUCACAAAAACAAACAUCCAGGCUGCCAUCUCUACAAAAUAUUUACUUUUACACUUAACUUUUGAAAGUGUUCCGGAAAGUCUGGCACUUUUAUAUAUAUCUUAAAUUAAAGAUAAUGUAAUGUACUUUAUUAUAGAAAAAAAAUUUGACCUCUGGACUUGUCUUCGUGGUGAAAAUGGCUACCGAAUGCUAUUAUUGUGUGAAAAUUAUCGAUUUUAUAUUUUACAUUUUUUACUUUAAAAUGCUAUAGCUUUUUAAAAAUGUAUGGAUCAAUACAAUUUUUUUAUGAGAAAUAAUAUUUUUUACUAAUCUCUCUUUCAUUCGACAUACUUUAUCUUAAUCAGGAUUAUGCCACGUCACCACUGUGCCGCGACCCCACUGUGUUGGUUUUUUUUAACAUGUAAAUUAAAAAAUGGAUCCGUAUUUAAAAAUGAAAACUAUUCUUUAUAGUAUUAAGACAUGAGCGCAUCAAUUAUUUUUUUACAUAUGGAAACCAAUUAUAUUAUUAUUAAAUAUUUUAUUACAAAAUUCGAAUAAUUAUUCAAAAAUAUUUCAUAUUACAAAAAUUAUAACACUUUUUAUCACUAGAUUCAAAGUAUUACAAGUAUUAAGUAUUCCAAGCACUAGUUGCUAACGUAAUUUGUUCAAAUCUGUGACAAAUCAUGAUUAGACUAGUAAAAUACGAGAAUAAGGGUCUCACUAGAUAAGCUCGUUGGC